UAUAAAUGUUCAAAAACAACAACCCAGUAAGCCGACCACAAGACACCAAGUGCUACAUGACAGAUGUGAACAGCUGGCUCCUGACAUUCGGCUUCCAGCUCCACAACGUCAUUCCUGGUUACCCCAGGCCGGAGAUCGAUGCCAUGGAACCGUCAUACGAACUACUGAACACUCAGAUGAAGACGCAGGAAUGGGAUAACAGCAAGUCAAUCUUGGGCGUGCAGUGUGAAGUCCAGAAGCAACUGAAGGCGUUUGUCACUUUGGAGAGGUUCGAUCCUGUCUACAAUUCACCCAUCGCUGGCUGUCGUCCAGAGAAGGAGAGUAAGAAAUUUGCCACAUUUGGUUCCAUCUUUGGAAAGGGCGUAAAGUUUGCAAUGAAAGAUGGCCGUGUCACCACUGACAUCAUCAGCGUCGCCAAUGAAGAUGGGAGACGAAUUGCCGCCAUCUUAAACAAUGCCCAGUAUCUGGAGAAUUUACAUUUCACCAUCGACGGGGUCGACACUCAUUACUUUGUCAAGCAGGGUCCCUCUGACAGCGACCUGUCCAUAUUGGGACUCAGCGGUGGAAGGAGAACCUUGGAAAACGGGGUCAACGUAACCGUGUCACAAAUCAAUACACUUCUUGGAGCAAGGACCAACAAACGCUACACAGAUAUACAGUUACAGUAUGGCACCCUUUGUAUCAAUACCCGCUAUAGCACCUCCUUGGACGAGGAGAAAGUCCAUGUUUUGGAAGUGGCCCGUCAAAGGGCCAUUUCACAAGCCUGGCUCAAAGAGCAACAAAGACUUCGAGAUGGGGAAGAAGGCCUGCGAGUGUGGACUGAGGGCGAAAAGCAGCAGUUAUUAAGCACUGGGCGGGUGCAGGGCUACGAUGGCUAUUAUGUCAUAUCCGUGGAGCAGUAUCCCGAACUCUCGGACAGCGCUAACAACAUCCACUUUAUGAGACAGAGUGAGAUGGGCAGAAGGUGA